GGGGCAACAAAUUAAAUGAUUAGAUUCUGUAAUAAAUGUUUUAGUCAUUUUUUAUUUUUGGCCUUCGUAAAAAUAUGCAGUAUAGAAUUUGUAAAAUUUAAGAAAUAGAAAAAUUGAAAUUAGGAUUCUUUAUUAGAAUGAUCAAAACGUUCUCUCAACGUCAAAUCUUCAGUUCUUCAGACGUCUUUUCAGUUGCUUAGCAACCAAUCACGUAUCAACAAGCAACAAAAUGUAUUUUUGUCAUUGUUGAAAAUAUUAAUUGCUCAAUAAAUUAUUUACAAUAUGACGACUCCCAAAUUGUUAUAUACAAUAGAACAGCCUCAUGGCAUGGGAGAGUUGUACUUCUUGUGGCAGAAGGGUGAGUCACAUUCCUUACUGGCCACAACUGGAACAGAUGCCACAGUUGCUGUGCAUGAUAGGAGUGGACAGUUGUUAGAAAGAAUGAAGUUGCAGGGUCUUUGUGGGGGAAUGGAAUGGGAUCAGGAUGGUGACUAUUUGGCCAUCAUAACUCCUAAUAGCAACACUGUUUUGCUGUGGGAGUGUCAUGCUAAUAAGAGGAUUAAUAUUGAAACUGGACUGAGAGAACCUCCUUCGUGUAUAGCAUGGGCUUAUGGAGAACCAUUGUUGGCUGUUGGUACUCAGAAGGGAAAUCUUGCACUUUAUAAUCACCAUACAACAAAGAGAAUACCAAUAAUAGGUAAACACACAAAGAAGAUUACAUGUGCAGCUUGGAACAAAGACAGUAUUCUAGUACUAGCAUCAGAAGACAAAAGCUUGUCUAUAAACAACUCAGAUGGAGACACAUUGAGAAUGAUAUCUCUUAGAGAUGCACCUAAUGAUUUGCAGUUCUCAGAGAUGAAAACUGAUGAAAGAGUUGCUGGAGAGAACACUAUAAGUUUGGUGGUUGGCAAGAGAACCCUUUACCUCUAUAACCUACUGAACCCAGAGAAUCCAAUAGAAUUAGCGUUUCAGCAGCGCUAUGGGUCCAUAGUAUCAUACAAAUGGUAUGGAGAUGGGUAUAUCCUUAUAGGAUUUAGUGCUGGGUUCAUCAUUGCCAUUUCUACACAUAUUAAGGAAGUUGGUGAAGAGCUGUUCCAAGUGAAAAAUCAUAAGGAUAACCUGACUGAUGUAGCGGUUUGUAAUGGAAUGGCAGCUUCUUGUGGUGAUGGACAACUAAAAUUGAUAGCAAUAUGGAAUAAUGGUGAAGUAUCAGGGUCGGUUAUGCCAGCCGGUGGAGCGGAGCGCUGUGCUUGGAGUUCAGACGGACGUUUACUUGCGACGGCUGGACGAGCGUAUCUCAACGUGUAUGUGACAGCUUUACCGCCAUUACACGCAGCUUAUGGCACCAGAGUCAUUACAUUGACUAGUCUUACCGAGGCCACCGUGUACCAAUGUAUCGCUGUUGGCGAUGAACCAGAGCCUGUCAAUAAAUCGGAGCCUACACCUCUAGCAACAUACACGUUACCGACGGAACCGAGCGUAAUUGCCUUGGGCGGGUCCCACGUGUGCUGUGCCAGUGGUACCUUGGCCUGGUUCUACCCCCUGACUGGUGGAGCCGCUGCUAGGAGACAGUAUCCAGCUCCUAUUGAGAUGAUCACCUUAGCUGGGGAUUACGCCGCCGCACUGUUUCAAGGACGAGUCAUGUUGCAUGCGAUCGAUCAAAUAGAUCCAUCACAGCCGGAAAAGGAAGCCAUGUUGUUUCCCGAGCCACACAUGCAGGGCGCAAAGAUUGUCGACAUACAUCUCACCAGUGAUUUCUUCAUAUUCGUCACUGAUCAAGGUCACGUAGAAUACUUCGGUGUGGAGGAGUGGCGUAGUUGCGCGCGGUACCGGCACGCGUGCGGCCUGCGUCGCCUGCACUGCGACAUCGGCGGCACGCGCGCUGCCUUGCUCGACGAGCGGCGCCGGCUCGCCGUCUACUGCCCCGCCGCCGACCAUAUCGCUGCUGUCACUCGAAAUGCUGCUACCGAUGUCCGGGGUAUAAUCUGGGAUAUUUGUCUCUCAGAUCGCAACGUGUUCAUAAUAUACACGGACGAGGCGAUAGAGACGUAUUACUACGCGGCUAACUCUAUCAACGGGUCUCAUGUCGACUUGGUCGGUACUACGCCGCUUAUGGCCGGACAAAUACCGCUCAUUUUGUUCUCUGGCGAUGUCUAUUGCUACGCUAAUGCUGGGUCAGUACUAAAAAUGGCGUUAGACUCCCACAACACUGGUGGCCUAGCAGACGCGGAUACGGAGAAACGUCUAGCCAACCAGCGCCGCCAUAUAGAGAAGUUGUUACUGCUGAGGCGGUUCAGCGAAGCCUGGUUGUUCUGUGAUGCUGUGGACGAAGUCGAGCUCUGGAGGAAGAUGGGAGAAGCCGCUAUAGCUGACCUUAAUGUUGAGUUUGCAAUUCGUGUCUAUACGAGGCUCAGUGACGUAGCUAUGGUUUGGGCCUUGGAAGAUGCGUCGCAUAUUGAAGAUUUGUCUAUAUUAUGUGGCAUGCUCUGCGCAUGCGUGGACAAGGGGGACGCGGCCGUCCGGUGGCUGGAGGGUGGCGCGGGUGACGGGGGCGCGGGGGCGGGGCGCGGCGCGGAUGGCGCGGGCGCGGGGGCCGGGCGGGGCGCGGAGGGCGCGGGCGCGCUGCAUGCGCUGGCGCUGCACUGCGCGCGCGGGGACUGGGCGCGCGCCGCCACGCUGGCCGAGCGCGCCGCGCCGCGGGCCGCGCCAGAGAUCACCAGGCAUCGCGCGCACCAUCUCGAACUCACAGCGGACUAUCACGAGGCUCUAACAAACUACGAGAAAAGUCUGAUCACUGAAAACACAGACGACAUCAAAGUAAAGGAACACAAUGAUAAAUGUGAAGCGGGGAUCGCACGUAUGGCGAUACGAUGCGGUGACGUCAUGCGGGGGCUGACAACUGCCAUGAAACAUUCACACGACAUCAUGCUUAUAAAGGAAUGCGCACAACUAUUGGAAGAAGAAAAACAGUACAGUCACGCCGCAGCCCUAUACGACCAUGCAGGAAACACAGAAAAGGCAGCGUCCCUAUACAUCAAACUGAAAUCCUGGCUCAAGGUCGAAGCCCUGCUCCCAAAGAUAAACUCACCCAGCAUACACAUACAAUACGCGAAAGCUAAGGAAGCCGAAGGUAGAUACCAGGAUGCCUUAAAAUCCUACCUCAAAGCCCAAGACUACGAGGCAGCGAUCCGACUAAACCUAGACAAAUUAGACGAUAUUGAUGAAGCAGUCAAUUUGGUUCAAGAAACAAAAUCUAUUCAAGGAGCCAAAAUGGUGGCGAAUUACUUUCAGAAUAGCGAUGACCCUACAUCCGCUAUAAAGUUCUUGGUCAUGUCUCUGUGUUAUGACGAAGCCUUCCAAUUAGCUAGGAAGAAUGGUAAACUGCAGUUGUAUGGAGAAAUAUUGAUACAGACGUCGCAGGCAAGGCCGGAGGACUUUAAGAGCCUAGCGUUGCAUUUUGAAGGAGAGAAGAACCAUUUGUUGGCUGGAAAGUUUUAUUUUCAUGCCGGGGAGUAUAAUAAGACGAUGUCACAUCUGUUGAGGAGCGGUGGGUCAGAAGAAGAGGAGAAUGAAGCUAUUAGUAUCGCUAUUGAUGCUGCCGCUGCUAGUGAUGAUGAGAGAUUGAGUCGGAGGUUGAUCGAGUUCCUUCUUGGAGAGACUGACGGUACUCCGCGUGAGCCACGACACCUGUUCCGAUUAUACAUGGCCAAAAGACAGUUCGCCGAAGCGGCUAAAACAGCGAUAAUAAUAGCGGGCGCGGAAUGUCGCGCGGGCGCAUACCGCGAGGCCCGCGACGUAGUGCGCGCCAUGUGCGUGUCCCUGCGCGCCUCGCGGCUGUCUGUACCCAGGGACAUGAGACACGCCAUAGCGCUGCUACACAGCUACAUACUGGUCCGUACCCACGUGAAGCGAGGUCGCCACGACCUGGCCGCUAGACUGCUCCUGCGCACUGCGGCCGACGUUACGUUCUUCCCCACACCGCAGCAUCAAGUAUCUAUCCUGACAUCGACAGUUAUCGAAUGCGGUCGUGCUGGCUUGAAGCAUCAAGCGUUCCACUGGGCAAGAGUUUUGAUGCAGCCUGAAUAUCGUUCACAGAUAGAUCCAAAGUACGUGAAGAAGAUAGAGAGCGUAGUACGUCACGGGGCGCGCGAGCCGGCCGCGGCGCCGGUGACUUCCCCGUGUCCCCAGUGCGGGGCCGACCUGCCCAUCGCAGACCUCACCUGUACGCACUGCGAGGUCGACGUGCCCUUCUGUCUGGCUUCUGGUCUACAUAUCGUCAAGGAUGAUCUGACAGCGUGCCCAGAAUGUGAUUUCCCAGCUAUUCUCACCGAAUUCGUAGAGAUUCUCCAAGAAGAGGGCAAGUGUCCGAUGUGUAAUGAAAAUGUAGAUUAUCGGCGAUUGGUCAAGAUCGACGACGUUGCUGCGUAUAUGGACCUUAGCACUACGGAAUAGAGUUCCGAUUUGCUCGUAUUUUAGUAUGAAGGACAUCAUAUUUUAGUUUUAUAUACUGUUGUGUCGGAGAUAAAUGUUGUGAUUUCUGUAGCCAUCCUACAUUGCAUUUAAAAAGGAAUAAGCACAUUAAUUAGCACCUAACAUUUGUACUAAACCAUAUAAAGCCUACACAAUGAAAUUAAACACAAAAUCGUCAAACAACGAUGAAACAUAACUAAAUAGUAUUUAAAACUAGAUGCCAUCAACAUUAUACACAUUCAAGGUCGUGUUAAGCAAUACAAGUCGGCAAUAAAAUUCAAACUGAUACACUAUUACAACGUGUAUAGAGUUGAAAAUCGUUAAUCGACUGCAAAUGAUAAGCUUUAAGAAAUCCCACCGUUAUCUUACAAGGUUAGUUAAUUUGAUUAUUUUCUUCAUAAACGCCUUGAGAUAGAUAACAGGUUGCAACUAGUUUAGUGUUGUUUUAUGUGAUAAUAUUGUGAUUAGGAAAUUGUCCGUCCAAUUACUACGUAGAGUAUUGUUAGCCUUAUUUUAUAAUAAAUAGUAAUUAAUUGUAGAAUUUAUAGUUAUGGUAUAAGUGCCCACUGCUGAGCAAAGGCC